AUGCCGCACGCAGCCAAUCAGCCUCUGGAUAUCACAUAUCGCAGUUCUCGACUGCACGAAGCCGUCAAAAUGACCAUUGCCAAUUCUCUCUACAGCGUUUUGUUUCGAAAGAACUCGGUCAUGUUGGCGGCCGUUUUUGGUGCUGGCUUUGUUUUCGAGGUUGGCUUUAAUAAUGUCGUCAACAAGUGGUGGGACAACCAUAACCGUGGUCGACAAUGGAAGGACAUCCGAGACAAGUACGUACAAGGCGGCGAAGAGGACGAGGAGUAA